UUAAGCAAAGCUGAAGCAUUGCACCAUGGAGUCCAUUCAGGAGCAACACAGCAGCGCUGGUCAGCAGGCCUUGCUCGAUGCUCAGCUCGACCUCUGGCACAACACCUUUGCGUUCAUCAAGUCCAUGGCCCUCAAGUGCGCACUUGAGCUCCAUAUUGCCGAUGCCAUCCACCACCAUGGUGGAACGGCCACCCUCACCCAGAUAGCUAGUGUGGCUAAGCUCCACCCCUCCAAGCUACCCUGUCUACGUCGCCUCAUGCGUGUCCUCACCGUCACUGGUAUCUUCAGCGUCGCCAUGAACCCAGCCGAGGAUGCAGAUCGCGUCUAUGGUCUGACUCCGGCGUCCCGACUUCUGAUCGGUUCGUCACAGAACUUAACUCCCACGCUAAGCGUGAUCCUCCAUAACAUGUUUGUGUCACCAUUCCUCGGUCUUGGCACUUGGCUCGAGCACGAGCUGCCAGACAUGGCCCUCUUCGAGAUGGCGCAUGGGAAGGCCGUGUGGGACGUGAUCAUUCAUGAUGCAACCUUCAGCUCGCUCUUCAACGCGGGAAUGUUCGCAGACAGCCGCUUCCUCAUGGAUAUUGCUAUCAAAGAGUGUGGCCACGUCUUCCAGGGGAUAAGCUCCCUGAUCGAUGUUGCCGGAGGGCAUGGUGCAGCGGCCCUGGCCAUCAAAAAGGCGUUCCCGCACAUUGAUUGCAGCGUGCUGGAUCUGCAACACGUCGUAGCUAGUGCUCCAGCUGAUACCGGUCUGAAGUACAUUGCCGGCGAUAUGUUUGAGAGCAUUCCACCAGCAAAAGCCGUCUUCCUUAAGUGGGUUAUGCAUGACUGGCGUGACUCCGAGUGUAUUACAAUAUUGAAGAACCGUAAGAAAGCUAUACCUACUCGUGAUGCGGGUGGAAAAGUGAUAAUAGUAGAUGCCGUGGUUGGUGCAGGGUGUUCAACUCCAAAGCAUAGAGAGACACAAGUUUUGUAUGACCUUUUCAUUAUGGUUGCCAAUGGCAUUGAGCGAGACGAGCAAGAGUGGAGAAACAUAAUUUUAGAAGCUGGCUUCACUCACUACAAUAUUAUACCAGUUCUUGGUGUUCGAUCUAUCAUUGAGGUCUACCCGUAAAGUUAACAAACAGAUAAAUACUACACAUUGGAGUGAAUUUGUAAGCUGGCCAACUGAGCAUGUUUGCCUCAAGCUUGCGCGCGGGUGUGUUUUGUAUAAAGAACGCACCCACCCUCUAAGUUGCAACUAUGAUAGUACUAGUUGCAACUGGAUUAUAUCUAGUUGCAAUCGGGUAGGUUUGAGUUGCAGCGGGUCAGACUGAGUUGCAACUGGUUCGUGCCCAGUUGAAAUCAGUUCCGUCAGUUGCAAUUGGUCUAUUCUCCCAGUUGCAAUCGAUGUAGUCUGUCGGUUGCAACUACAGGUUGGGUGCAUUUUGUACAGAGAAUGUACCUUAUUGUAUUUUAGCCUCAUCAUCAAGGUUGCAAGAGUUUAAGCCUUAUGAUUUCUAAAA